CCCUCAAGCCCCGCCCCCAGCUCACCUGGUGACGUCACCGCCCGUUUAACCGCACUUGGCCCCGCCCAGCACUCACCUGGUGACGUCAUGGGUCCCUCAAGCCCCGCCCCUGACACACCUGGUGAUGUCACCCGCCCCUUCAAACACACCUGGCCCCGCCCAGCACUCACCUGGUGAUGUCAUUGUCCCCUCCAGCACACCUGGAGACACCCAGGGCUCACCUGGUGACGUCAUGGGUCCCCCAAACCCCGCCCACAGCUCACCUGGUGACGUCAUGGGUCCCCCAAACCCCGCCCACAGCUCACCUGGUGACGUCACCGCCCCUUCAAACACACCUGGCCCCGCCCAGGACUCACCUGGUGACGUCAUUGUCCCCUCUAGCACACCUGGAGACACCCAGGGCUCACCUGGUGACGUCACCGCCCCCUCAAACACACCUGGCCCCGCCCAGGACUCGGCUGGCCCCGCCCCCAGCCCCGCCCCCGGGCCCGUGCCGCCCCCAGGUGCGCCCCCCCGGGCAGCGGGCGCGCCCCCCCCUCACCUGCCCGCAGUGCCCGCGCGCCUUCGCGGAGCCGGCGGCGUUCCGGCGCCACCUGCGGGGCCACGCGGGGCUGCGGCCGCACACCUGCGGCACCUGCGCCAAGGCCUACGCCGAGCGCAAGGACCUGGCCAACCACCUGAGGGCCCACACAGGUGAGCGGCCGUACCUGUGCGCGGAGUGCGGGAAGAGCUUCGGGCGCUCCUCGUCGCUCGCCUGCCACCAGCGCAUCCACGCCGCCGCCAAACCCUUCCCGUGCCGCACCUGCGGCAAGGCCUUCACGCAGCUCUCGUCCUACCAGAGCCACCAGCGCGUGCACACAGGCGAGCGGCCGUUCCUGUGCCCGCAGUGCGGCCGCACCUUCGGCGACCCCUCGAGCUUCCGGCGGCACCAGCGCGCGCACCAGGGCGUGAAGCCCUACGGCUGCGGCGACUGCGGCAAGGCCUUCCGGCAGCCGGCCGACCUGGCCGUGCACCGGCGCACGCACACCGGCGAGCGGCCCUGGCGCUGCGGCGACUGCGGCAAGGCCUUCGUGGCCUCCUGGGACCUGAAGCGGCACCGCCUGACGCACUCCGGGGAGCGGCCCUGGCGCUGCGGCGACUGCGGGAAAGGCUUCGGGGAGCGGGCGGCGCUGGGCAAGCACCGCCGCACGCACUCCGGGGAGCGGCCCCUUCGCCUGCGCCACCUGCGGGAAGGGCUUCGGGGGCCUCUCGGGGCUCAGGAAGCACGAGAGGACGCACGGCAGGGAGGAGGGGGCAGGGGGCGGGGGGGGCAAUAUGGCCGACGGCAGUAUGGCGGCUGGUGGGGGGAGCAAUAUGGCUGCCAGCACCAAAAUGGCCGACGGCAGUAUGGCGGCUGCUGGGGGGAGCAAUAUGGCUGCCAGCACCAAAAUGGCCGACAGCAAUAUGGCAGCUGCUGGGGGGAGCAAUAUGGCCAGCAACAAAAUGGCCGGCGCUAA